UUUCCAGCGUCGCACAAACCCCUUCGACGCUGAUUUUCGCGGGAAAACUUCGACGUGCUACGGAGAAAGUUACCAAAAGUUGUGCUCUUUAAUCGAGUUCGGCUUCGAAAAAUUGUUAUUGAAAGAACUUGGAUUUCGUGAACGGGUUUCUGAUUCCCAGUUCAAAGUGGUUUCACUGCUGGGACUUGACGAGUGCAUGUUUUGUUGUUUAAUGAAUAAAGUCAGAUUAGGAAAUAUGGUGACACAACCAAGACUAGAAACCUAGAUUUCAAUCAAAAUCCUGCAAAAUGAAUUCCAUAACAAAGACGUUACGUCCGUCAAUUCUCUUUCUAACCACAAUCUAUAUCUAUUCUUCUUUUGGUUUGUCAGAUAAAGUGAAGCAACAAGAUUUGAACGACAUCGGCGCGACAUCGCGAGAUACGAUAUUGCUCAGUAACAACUCGAUAAAACCAUCGCGGUCUAACUUGGAAGCAUUUGACAACGAGCGAAAUGUAAUCAACGAAAUAGGCAUUUAUUCGCAAAACAUAUCGUACCCGUUCAACGGUAGUUUCGAAGAAGACGACGAAGACCCUACGACCGAGGAUUUCCUAGAAUUUAUUUACCCCAAGAGCUGGACGUGGGCUCUGAUUUUUUUUCAUUGCAUUGUUUUCGUGGUCGGGUUGGUAGGUAACUGUCUGGUCUGCGUGGCGGUCUACCGCAACCAUACCAUGCGCACCGUGACGAACUAUUUUAUAGUGAAUUUGGCAGUGGCGGACUUUCUGGUUAUACUGUUUUGCUUGCCUCCCUCUGUGGUGUGGGACGUCACCAGCACCUGGUGGUUCGGGACUGCAAUGUGCAAGAUCGUCCUCUAUCUUCAGAUAUUGCUGUCCAAAUGA